AAGCUUCCCAUCGAGACUAUCUUGACCAUCUGCAAAAACGCAGCCCAGCCGACGUUUUCUCAAAGGGAGAAAUAUGACAUUAAAAAUCCUUACUCGACCGCCCUCUCCUUAUGUCUCGUCUCUCGACUUGUCAGACGCAUCAUCCUCCCCGAUUUCCUGCACACGAUCUUGCUUCGCCGACGUCACAGCUUAAAGAAGUUCGCAAAUGCUUUGCUUAUGCAGAAAGCGUACGCUGAAGAAAAGAGCGAUCUUUUCUUUGACUAUACCUCCGCUGUACAGAGGAUGUGGAUUAGUGACGCAUUUGACUGUUUCGUCUAUGCAGAGGCCCGGGACGAUCCCUUUUUUUGGGCGACCGGAAAUUUUCUCUCAAAACAAGAUGAGGAGCGAGCGCGCAACAUAAGCGUGUCGCUUCCAGUGAUCCUUGCUGCGCCAGAACUUGCGGUUGACUAUCGCCAUUUAAAACAUAUCAUUUGGAGCGUGGAAGAUACAUGGCCUCGCACAGAUCUCAAUCUCGGCGGACACUCUUCUUUUCCUGGGAAAACCAAAAAUCUAACAAUAAUACGUCAAGACCAGCAGGUGGAGUUGUUUCACAACACUGGCGAAAGAUUUCUUUUCCUUGUAUCAAUCCCACAUCUCACUCACCUAAUC